AUGGCCUCAGGGAUAUAUGCGCCAAACCAAAUUAAAAGCCACAUUAUUUACUACGUAAUUAAAAAGAAUUAUCCAAACGAUCAUCCAACAAUGAUUAUGUAUUGUUUGGAAAAAUUUAACAUUACUUUACAUAUCCAAGGUCAAUCUGCGGUAUUACCGGUUGAAGGAAGACCGAUGGCCACGCCAAAGAAAAGAGUGAACCCCUAUAUUGAUGAUGAGGCUGGCUGUUCCGACGACAGAACGAAUGAUAACAAUGAUUCUGGAGCGCGUCAAGUAAAUGAUGCUCUUAAGGCCAAAAAAGCUCCAGUUGUAAAGAAAGGAAAGAAUGCCCUCCCGGAUUUGCAGUUGGUUAAAAACAACAUACAGUUGAUGGCCACUGAGAAUAUGUUGAUGCAGAUAGUAAUUCCUGUGGCUCCACAGUUAACGGACAAAACAAAGCAAUCUGAACUUGAGGUAUUUGCUAGUGCCGUUAGGGAUUAUUAUGACAACAACAUUACCCUCGGAAAUUGGGGAACAACAAUCCAAUACGCUGGAUGCUACCAUUUCUAUUGCUUCGGCGAAAAACUGAAGAAAGAAUACCCUGGCUUCCACGACAAAUUUGUAGAUCUAUUAAAGCAAUGCAACUAUACAACGCACAAGAUUGCAUUAAUAAAAACUGUAGGCAAUAGAUUUAAUAUUCUGUUGCGUUACUUCGAACAUGGUGCGUUGGCCAUCGCGGCGUUAUGUACAACAGACAGCAUGCGGGUAUUAAUUCAGGCUGAAUUCGCGGAUAUAAUAACAUUCAUUCAGAAAGACAGACCCCUUACUAUUCAAUUACGAUCUAUGAAGUUACAUCCAGAUAUGAUUGAGCGUACUAGUGAUUUGAAGUGUGUUGAUUUUAAACCAAAGAAAGCUUUAUAA